AUGGGGAUAUUUAAGGAGAUUUUUGGUGCCAUUCUAGCUCUUUCUCUGCUCGUUUUUAUCACCCUUUUUGGCCGAAUACCAAUCUUCUUCGUUGGGCUGCUUGUUAUAUCUGAGGCUAUAUUUAUACCUGCGGUCUGGUCAAGGCUACAUGCGAUCCACAAAUACAUGGUCCCCCUGGUUGUUGCUUUACCAUAUGCAUUCCUAUAUCUCAGUGUCAGCUCAACAUCCACCAUCACCCCUGAAAACCAUCUAAAAUAUCUAUGUGAAUACCCAUAUGAUAAUAUGAUAUUUCACCCGAAUGUGACAUGUCGAACAUGUCAUCACCUGAAACCUGCCCGUAGCAAGCAUUGCAGUAUCUGCAAGUCUUGCGUCGCACGGCAUGAUCACCACUGCGUAUGGCUGCGGACCUGCGUGGGUCGGAAUAACUACCACUAUUUCCUGGGGCUACUCUUUUUCACAUCAGUGUUGCUUUUCUAUGGUGCAUUUCUGGGAUAUUCCAUCAUGGACGAAAAUUUACAGCAGGUCGUUCACCCAAGUGCCGCUGGUGCAACAACUGCUCGUCACUGGAGCGCAGGCAUCCCCGUCAUGGUGUUUUUAGAUCUCUGGCUUAUGGCUCUUACGGAUAACCUGCAGAUUGGCGCCAUUACUCUGCUUUCGUUACUAUGUGCCCCUCUAUCAUCGGUGAUGCUUCUUUACCAUAUUUAUCUGAUAUGGUCUGGAAUGACAACAAAUGAAAGCAGUAAGUGGGGAGAGUGGCGUGAUGAUAUUGCGGAUGGUUUUGCAUACAUCGCACAAGCAAAGGAAGUGCGUCCGCAGCUUCAGGAUGUAUCUGGCGUGAGAGAUGAAGAUUUCACCUGGCCUAAACGAAGCGAUCGAACACUUGUCUACACCAACGGCCAACCCCCUAGGGUAGGCUACACAUUCACCGAUGAGCGCAAUUCGAUUAAGCAGCCCGAUAAGCAUAAUGCCCCGGUCGACACAAGAUGGACACAGGUACAAAGCCUCAAGGAAAUUGUUAAUAUAUACGAUUUGGGUUUCUGGGAGAACCUUCGAGAUUCCAUUCACAGGCGGCGAUAG